GCGCCCAAUGAGCGCGUCUUCGUUGGACUGUGUUGAGAUUGGGGAGUAGAGGAAAGACUAGCCUACAUGCUGUGCGUAUGUUCGAUUUCAAACUAGUGUCGCGAUAGACUUUGAGUAGGCUACACGUUCCUCACAAUGGAGCAGUAACGACCGGCUCUCAAACGUUUGAAUGCCUCUGAGUGGAAGAGUUUUGCUGUGGUCCCAUAAGGCCUAGCAAACUGGUUCUAUCUAAGAUUCCAAAGGACCAUUAAUAGGUUACAGUUCUAUCUACAGGUUCCAAGCAGAGUGUGGUCAUGAAAACACUAAUAAUUGGAAUUGGUGGGAUGACUAAUGGAGGGAAGAGCACUCUAAGCAAAGCAUUGCAGAAGCGACUGCCCAACAGUUGCAUCAUAUCCCAGGACACAUUCUUUAAGGACGACAGUUUGGUUCCUGUGGAUAGCCAUGGAUUCAAGCAGUAUGACCUGUUGUCAGCACUGCAUAUGGACAGGAUGAUGGAGGAGGUAGAGACCUGGCAGGACGACCCGAGGGCCUUCAAGGUGUCUCAUAAUGGUGUUGUCCAGCUGCUCUCUGAAGGAGUUGACCAGGUUUAUGUGCUCAUCAUCGAGGGCUUCCUCAUCUUCAACUACAGGCCUUUGAAUGAAUUGAUGAACAAGAAAUACUUUCUGCAGAUCCCCUAUGAGACUUGCAAGCAGAGACGAAGCUCAAGGGUUUACACCCCUCCAGACCCUCCGGGCUACUUUGAUGGACACGUGUGGCCAAUGUAUCUGAAGAACCGAAAAGAAAUGGAGGAGAUGGUUACAGACCUUGUCCUUCUAGAUGGCCUGACAGAGAGAGACAAGCUGCUGUCCAGUGUGCUUGAGGAUGUCACAGCAGACAUAGAAGCUUUCAGACAGGGAUGACGGGAACCUACCAGCUUAGUAAACUGGGCUUCCUGAGACUUCUGCCUGGCUGAAGGGUCUGAUGCUCCACAGAGAUCACCUUCAUGCAUCAGAUCACUACAGGUGUCAAACUUGCGUUCAACAGUUAUUCUCUGAGGACAGAACCAUAUUCAUCCCUCAUAAAAGUUACUUUUGUGAUAACCUAA